GUUUUCAAACGCUCAGCUGAGAAAAUGUAACGGACGAACGCGGCUGGCAAAGCUCACAGACGGUACAAGAGAACCAGAAAAAGGGCUCCACAAGAAACGGCAACUCGACAAAAUCUAUACAAAAGUGUCUGCCCCGACUGUGUGUGUGUGUGAGUGCUUCAGAGUGAAUGCUUAUUGUUAAAGUCAAAGAACUAAGAUAAGACUUUCAGACCUAGCAAUUAUGUCCCAUAGUUCCCCGAGAAGCGUAGCCACAGCCGUCAGCACUUAACAAACAAUGCCCUCAGCUAAGGCGAAAGGAAUCGGAAUCGCAAGCAAUCGAAACCAAUAAAAUGAGACCCGUCGCCUGCAACGCCAACAUCAACAUCGGUCACAUCGAGCAGGUUGCAGGCACUCAAAGGACAAUUACAGCUGGAUUAAUAGCAACAUCAACCGAAAUCGGAGCAUCGACAACGAUAUUGAACGAGCGAUGAGCGAUGGAGCGUCCGAUGGGAUGACGAUUUCAGGAACUCAGUAAGGGAGCUGCAAUACCGAAGCGACUCUGGACUCAGAGGCGACGAAAAUAGAAAAUCCGUGGAAAUCUGACCCAAAAAUAAACGGCGCAGGCAGCCAUGAACAGUGCGGAUAUUUUGUAAUUAUUAAUGAGCGCAUAGAGCGGGCAGAGUGAGCGGGGUGAAGCAGCGCAGCACAGAGCGAUUCGUAGCGGGAUAUCACGAUGUACACUCUGCUGGGGCUCGACUAGCACACUGACACACACACUCACCCCGGCCCCAGGACCCCUGGACCCCCAAUUCCGACACAGGAUUCCCCACAGGACGAAAGGCAGGCAGGCAGGAAAGGCAACGAAAGGCUCAAUUUCAAGGAAUUUGCAAAGCGCCCGGAACACCAAACUCACUAACACACACACAUGAGCGGGCAUCCCUCUCCCUUUCUCUCGUCAGGAUAGAAGUAAUUAAAAGUAAAUAAAGGAGGCAAGAGAAAGCCAAAAAAGAAAGGUCCCUUAGAGCUGGAAAGGCAGGAAGUAACCUGAUUACGGGCAGAGCGGCAGCAGCAAUUAAUGCCGCAGGAGGCAGGAACCGGAAUCAGAACCAGAAUCAGCACCCGAAUCAGAGGAACCGCAUCAGGAUCUGCUGCCACUGGCCUGAGCUCGACUCGAUCUCCCAUCAGGACGCGAACGCCGGAUUGGAGAAAGCAAGAAAGCAGGAGCAGGAGAAAGGAGCUGUCAUACACGUCGUCUCUCUCUUUCUUUAAGCUCUAUAAAAACACCCACUCAACCAUACACAUGCACUGAAGUACUGACUGAAUGCCUCGCUGCCUAAACAACCAACUAACUCACUGACUGAGAGACUUCAACAAGCGGAGAAGUACGGAGAAAGCCCUGACUAGAAAGCCCAAGUAGCCGAGCGGAGCAAAAAUAUUAAUUAAAAACGGGGGAACCAGCUAGCAACUAAACUAAAGGAGCAACCUUGACUAAUAACUGCAACAAACAAGAAGAAGAACAACAACUACAACUUACUUUAUACGCAACUAAAGAAAAACAAAAAAAGAAAAGAAAAACCAAAAGCAAGCAACCAAAAAACGAAAACUUCAAUUUUUAAUGCAAAACUACGAAAAGCCACGACAGCCAUUUUAAAUAAGCAAUUCUCGCACCCUCCCGAAAUUUCAACUUCCAACACCAGAAACAAACAAACAAACUCACACAGCACCACCAUGAGUGAUUCAAGAAUGGACAAACUGGCCCGGAUGGCGCCCCUGCCCCGCACCCCCCUGCUGACCAUCUGGCUGGCCAUCAACAUGGCCCUGAUCGCCCAGGAAACGGGCCACAAACGGAUCCACACAGUGCAAGCGGCAACUGGCGGUGGCAGCAUGCUGGGUGACGUAAACAUAUCCGCUAUACUCGACUCCUUUAGUGUUAGUUACGACAAAAGAGUAAGACCCAAUUACGGUGGACCUCCUGUCGAAGUCGGAGUCACCAUGUAUGUGCUAUCGAUCAGCUCGCUCUCAGAAGUGAAAAUGGACUUCACAUUGGAUUUUUACUUUCGUCAAUUUUGGACCGAUCCUCGUUUAGCGUAUAGAAAACGACCUGGUGUAGAAACACUAUCGGUUGGAUCAGAGUUCAUUAAGAAUAUUUGGGUACCUGACACCUUUUUUGUAAAUGAAAAACAAUCAUAUUUUCACAUUGCAACAACCAGUAAUGAGUUCAUACGAGUGCAUCAUUCUGGAUCGAUAACAAGAAGUAUUAGAUUGACUAUUACCGCAUCGUGUCCGAUGAACCUACAAUAUUUCCCCAUGGAUCGCCAGCUGUGCCACAUUGAAAUCGAAAGCUUCGGCUACACGAUGCGUGACAUCCGCUAUAAAUGGAACGAGGGCCCCAACUCGGUCGGUGUCUCGAGUGAGGUUUCGCUGCCCCAGUUUAAGGUCUUGGGUCAUCGGCAAAGAGCUAUGGAAAUCAGUCUUACCACAGGCAACUAUUCGCGUUUAGCCUGCGAAAUUCAGUUCGUGCGCUCAAUGGGCUACUACCUUAUACAAAUCUACAUACCCUCUGGACUGAUCGUUAUUAUAUCAUGGGUAUCAUUUUGGCUCAAUCGCAAUGCAACGCCGGCGCGUGUGGCGCUCGGUGUGACAACCGUGUUGACAAUGACCACUUUGAUGUCGUCAACAAAUGCAGCGCUGCCAAAGAUUUCGUACGUCAAGUCGAUUGACGUCUAUCUGGGAACAUGCUUCGUUAUGGUCUUUGCCAGUCUACUGGAAUACGCCACGGUCGGCUACAUGGCAAAACGAAUUCAAAUGCGAAAACAAAGAUUUAUGGCGAUCCAAAAGAUAGCCGAGCAGAAAAAGCAACAGCUCGACGGGGCUAACCAGCAGCAGGCGAACCCGAAUCCCAAUGCCAAUGUGGGCGUGGGAGGCGUUGGACCCGGCGGAGUUGGACCCGGCGGACCCGGCGGCGGCGGCGGGGUCAAUAUGGGCGUGGGCGUGGGCAUGGGCAUGGGACCGGAGCAUGGCCACGGGCAUGGACACCACGCCCACAGCCAUGGUCAUCCGCAUGCGCCCAAGCAAACAGUGAGUAACCGCCCAAUCGGCUUUUCCAAUAUCCAACAAAACGUUGGUACGCGCGGUUGCUCGAUAGUGGGACCCUUGUUCCAGGAGGUGAGAUUCAAGGUCCACGACCCCAAGGCCCAUUCCAAGGGUGGCACGCUGGAGAAUACGGUGAAUGGCGGACGCGGUGGUCCGCAAUCGCAUGGACCGGGUCCGGGUCAGGGCGGCGGACCGCCUGGCGGUGGAGGAGGCGGUGGCGGCGGGGGCGGACCACCCGAGGGCGGCGGCGAUCCGGAGGCAGCGGUCCCAGCCCAUCUCCUGCAUCCGGGGAAAGUAAAAAAGGUAAAGGACAUCAACAAGCUGCUGGGCAUCACGCCCUCCGACAUCGACAAGUACUCGCGCAUCGUGUUCCCCGUGUGCUUCGUCUGCUUCAACCUGAUGUACUGGAUCAUCUACCUGCAUGUCAGCGACGUGGUCGCCGACGAUCUGGUGCUCCUCGGCGAGGAGUAGGGCGUCGUCCGCAGGCGACGCAGGCGAGGAUUCGAGGGCGUGGCCCGAGGACACAGGAGUGAACAGCGCACGAGAGAGUCAAACUGUGCAGGGCGCUGUAAAACCACAAAAACGGCAAAAUACCAGAAACCAAAAAACAAAAAAAUACUGAAAAUACACACAAAAAAAUAAAUGGAAACAAAACUAAUUUUAACUAGCGAUAUGAAAAUGCAGAGGCAACAGUUUAUUGUUUAAUACCAAACGCGGAGAGGACACACACACAUAUUACAAGGUCGAAAGCAAAGAAUAUUGUUAAAUAGAUUUACACAGAGUAAAUGAAAACCAACACUAGCAUUAACAACCCAAUGAGUAUAAAUGAAUGAAGAAUAAUCAAAAGCAACAGAUUAGCAAAUUGUAGUGAAAAUUAUAUAACGAAGGCAUAAGUGAAAGUGUUUGCGAGAAAUACGAACCGAUGAAAACCAUUUAAAACCACAAAUAUAACGAUCAAAAUCAUACGCAACAUAGGCAUUAAACAAAAACGAAGGCGAAGGAUGUCUAUGAGAAACCCUCGAAAUAGCGCAGUCGAAAGUUGAUUUCCACACACCUACCAAAUAGUUGGUUACAUAAUUUCCAUUACCUUUGCGGCGUUCUGAGUUUAAGUUUAAGAAACGAAAGACCUUUGCUUCCCACUUCAAAAGCAAAACACCCGGAGAGUCUUCCUCUAAUUUAAGUGCGUUCCCCCCUUCAGCAGCUGCACGCUCCCAGAAAUCGAAGCCCGAUCCUAACCGGUACUUAACCAGAACUCACUAUGUUGAUCCAUUCGGUUGGUUGAUUUGUUUAUUCAGAACUGACUUAGCGCUUCCAAGUGAAAUGGCCAAAUUUAUUAGAAAUCAAAACGUAGUGCAAGGAACAAUUUCGAGAAUAGCGAAUCAGUUUGGCGAUGAUUUCGUUAAGUUAAAUUUAAAUGUAAACCGAAGACGACGACGAGACGGACACGUAAGAUCGAGAGGUUUUUAAUCAUUUGCACACCACCAACACUCACACUCACGCCACAUGAUUCACAGUGAACUCGUUACGGAUGUUAUGAAUUACUUUGGAGCGCACCUUUUAUAAGCAUCGGAGAUAAGUCAUACAAAUAGUUAGUGCAAUUGACAUAGCGAAAUAAAAUAUGAACGGUAACGAUUCAUUUUAGUUACACCAAUUUUUAUAUCAACUUUAACUAACAACAAAUUAUUCAAACUGCACUCACUCUCACUCACGAACACACCAGAAUCAAACUGAAGCAAAAAUAAGAACAAAACCAAAACAAAACUUUUCGAAGACAACUUUGCGGCACCGUAAGAAAACAAUCUAAGCUCUAAGUGAAAUUUUCAAACGCAAGUAAGCCCAAUAAAUACCAGUAAAUUAAAACGAAUACAAAUAGAACAUAGAACAUAAAGUACACAAGUAUGAAUGAAACUGCCUAAGAAAAAUAGCGUAUAAGUCUAACAAAUAGUUGCUAACAGACGAGAGUGGAACGAAGACAAUUGAUUUUCAAUGUGUACAUACAAACAGAAGACACUCGGGACAUUCUCAAAGCAAAGUAGGAGCAAAACUUCGCAAUUAAACUUAGUUAAUGUAAUCGAAUCUGGUUAAGCGAUUAACUCGGAUGCGUUCAAGCAGUCAAUAAAGCGAUAAACAGAUAGACAAACAGAGAUACUUACGAUGCACCGUCUUAAGUUAGCCUAACGACACACAGAUACACACCGACACACCGACACACAGAUACGGACAGACGGACGAUGACACACAGAUACUCGACGUAUAUAUACAGAUAUAUUUGAAUUUUCGCUCAAGUUCCUCGAUGAAUCACAGACACAAAGAGAAAGAAACAAAAGAGUUAAGUUAAUUAUAAACACAUAAUUAAAGGCAAGUGAGUUUAACUUUAAACGUAAAAUAAAGAAAUUAAAAUACAAUUUAGCACAAUGGAGAUAACUAAGCAAGCCAUACCAAAAUAUCAUCAAUGAAUUUUAAUUUAGUGUUUAUGAUUAGUGCAAGGGCAGAUCGUAAGGCUAAAGAAUUUUGUACAGUUAGCUAAAGUUAAAGCUAGGGUUUAGUUAAGAGCCAUAAUAUGGCCGAAACACACACAACCACACGUAUAUGUACAUAGAGUAUGGCUUAAGGCGACACAAGUAUAUGAGGUAUAUAUUCAUAUAACGUAUUUAGGCACCUACGUAUAUGUAGCACGAGUUUUUUAUAUGUAAACCAAACGAAAUUGAACCCUAAUCCGAAAAACAAAAAAUAAAAACACAAAAACAAUUUACUGUAUAUACGAAAAGUACUUAUGAUUGGAACACUGGCAGUGUAGGCGGUAGGUGACCCGAAAUGGAUCAGCCAAGGAACCCUAGGCAUACUUAAGCAAACCCUUAACCCUUCUCAAGGUCUACCUAACCAAUUCAGCAGAUGACUUCAGAAGAGACCCCAAGGAAAAUUACUUUAUUAACGAUCUAGACAGACACAACACACACGUACACAAGCAAAGAGUUGAGGUAAUGAAAAACAGAGAGUCGAGCAUCGACUAUCAGAUACCCUUUAGCCAUACCCGUAAGCUCUAUCGUCUGUCUGCACUAUCGAAAAACCCCCAACCGUGUUUACCAUCCGUUGGCUAAGGAGUAUCCCCCAUCUUAACUAGGCCUCUGAGCGCAAAGAAAGCAAUAUAAGGCGUACCAAGCGUAAUUGAUUUACUGAUUAACCUAUAAUUUACUGAGCCAAGUGAAAAGGAUUUGAAGCAAACUGCAAUUGAUCUACCAGCCAUACAGAACAUUCCCAAGAAAUAGUUAUAGCCCGAGACUCGGCCACAUGCAAGUGAAAUCGGUGAUAAAGAACAUAAUAGGUAAUAUAUCUGCUUGAAACACACUCACACACACAAAUAUAGAUAUAUUUUGUAGCUAUACAAGUGUCAGAAAUCAAUUAUGUUACGCAGAGGACAGAAAUCAAAAUGUUUACCAAUGGCCGAGGUUCGUUUCGUAAAAAUGCUAUAUAGUAAUAUCCCCCAAAUGAUAUGAGGUCAAACACAUUUUUGAUGCGACAACACAACAAAUAGCUGCUCAACGGUUUCGGAGCGUAUUUCCAAAGAACGUAAAUUAAUGAGAAAACAUUUUAGUUGUAAACAAUGCAGAGGCGAAAUAGUUGACAAACAUUUUAAGAGACAAAACAAAAGCGAAACACUUAAUGGCAAAUUGAUGCGUUUAAUUUUUCAUAUGGAAUUUUUUACUCUACAACCUAGUUUACGAUAUAAUUUGUGGAAGAGAAAAACAAAAAAAAAACUAAAAUUUAGUUGCCCAUAGAGAGGACUUUUUAUAAAAACAAUGAAAACGAUGAAAAUGCAUAUGCACGUGCUGCAUAUGCGAGAGCAUUUAGGACAACAACAAAAACAAUGGGGAAGGAGCAUUAAAAAAGCGAUGAAAAUAUGUAAAAUGUUAAAUUAUACACACAAAGAAAUGUUUGAAGCAUUUUUGGUGCCGCUGUUUAGACGGCGACACCAACACCAACGUUUUAUAAAGCAACCGAAAGGGAGAAAUAAAAAAGUAACUUAUACGAUGGGAUGGUCGAUACAUACGUGAAGCGAUGUUAUAAUAACGUAUGUAUGUAUAUGAUGUAUAUUUAAUUAUAUAUUAUAUGUAUAUGUAUGGUGGUCUCAAGAACAAGCAAAACAAAAAUGAAAUUCUAAAGUAUUUAGAUAAGCAAACCAACAAGUUGAGAGCCCUAGCAAUUAAGUUGAUCCACACAACACACAACACAGAGAAACAUAAACAGAAACAGACACAGAUACGGAAACGGAAACAGAUACAGAUACACUGAUCGAAACCGGAUCCCAGUUCAUGCAGAAUGCACCGAAAACGUAAUAAAACAUUUUUAAAAUGAAUUCAGAGUUAAUGCAAGUGAAUAUUAUUAUUGAGAAAUAGUCUAUAACCCUAGGCAGCAAGACGCGAUAUUGAUUGAACCAUGAAUUGUUAGAAUAAUAACAACACACACUACUCACACACCACACACACACACACACUUACGGUUGUACGUUGCAUACUCUUAGUUUGUUAUCUACAAGCCCCGAAAGCAUUAUUCGUUGAACCCCUUUGCUCAAGCAAAUCAAAAAAGCGAAAAUUUGUUAUUACAUUUUAAGAUUAGGGAACCCAGCACCCUCAGUUUCCCGAACCCCAAGAAAACACAGCCCCGCGGGCCCUGGCUACCGAAGUAUAUAUGUGUGUAUGAUUUGUCAGCCAUCAAAUUACCAGGUUCAAGUCUCAUGCCAUCGCAAAGCAGCCGCAGCUAUAUCGAGCUCGUCGAGGAGGAGUGUGUCUAUAUAAUUUUUGGUUUUAUCCGUCCAUCAAAAAGAGUUCCUAAAUGCAAUAAAUGAACAUGUUUUAUGAUUACCAGCCAGCCGGCCUGCAAUCUGUUAGCCCUGCCCCCUCCCCAGUCACAUUGGUCUGCUGUCAAUUAUUGGUUCCACAGCCCUCAGACGAUUAUUUCCAAGCACCCACCCCCAGAAUUUCGGUUGCUCAACCCAUCACCCCAGAGAUCCAGAAAGAACACCCACAUAAGUAUUUAAGCAAGCAUAUGUUUGAGGAGGAAGCCCCAGAGGAAUAAUUUAAAACGUAAUGCGUAUGUAAUGAUUGAUCACUGAUCACAAAUUUUGACUGUGUUAAUUUCGUUAUAUAAAAUGAAAACCAAAUUAAAAAUAUAAAAACUGAAUGAGAAUAAUUAUCUAUAGCAUAUAAAGAGUAAACACACACAUAACAAAAUAAUUAAAAGGGAAAAUAAUAGGAGAUGAAUGUUACAAGAACGUAAAUGAUAAACCCAAGAAGGAACCUAUAUUAUUAAGUUAAAUACUAAAACUAAAAGCAUCCAAAGGGAAAUGCAAACCGAGAAGGAAUAUUAUAAUAUUGCAAUGAAGUGAAUAUAAAUAAAGAUAUGUAAAAAAUUACAA